CACACAGGAGAGUGAUCACAGAUCUCUAUUAUCUCCGAGACUUACACACAGUGCCCUCAGGGGCUACCUAGCCUCAUCUACCUGCUGCAGAUGAGCGAGGACAUCUUCUGACAGAAAAUAAGUAUUGCGGAGGACAGCGCUGGAUUAAAAAAGUGAAAAAAAUAUAGAAGUCACCAUGAAUGUUACCAGACAGACCCUUAAGGCCCUGGAGCAGCGUACCAAGCUCCUGCAGCAGCAACAAAAGACUUUCAUUAAUGCAUUGGAGCGGACACGGGAAAGUGCCCAUGACAGAAUCAGACCCGUGAGGACCCUGGCACAGGUACGCAACUACUUAGACAAUCAUUGCAACAACAGUACAGAUCAGCGUAUCCUCACUCUGUUUUUGGAUGUCUGUGCGGAUCUGGCCGAGUUCUGUAUCCAGCUGGAAUUUAUGCAGAGGGACACACAAUCAGCAAAGGGGAUCAUAGAGCAAACCAUUGCUCUUCUCAAUCCAACCAAUGACCUGUCUGGUCUGAGAGUCAAGUAUCCCCACGAUGUUUUGAAUCACCUCAGCUGUGAUGAAGCGCGUAACUUCUAUGGUGGUGUCGUGAGCAUUGUUCCCAUCAUCCUGGAUAACAUCCGUGAGGCUGUGUUGAGGCUGGAGAAAGCCCAGCCACUUGCGGAGGACUCCGAGACCAUGGACAGGCUUGUGGCUAUUCAGAAGAACAGGCAGAAGCAACGCAAGGCAGAAAAUCAAGGUGCGAUACAAAACGCAGGGGUUCAGACCACUCUCAGUCAGGGAAAUGCCUCUGCCCUCUCAGUAAAAAGAAGGAAAGGCUAUCCACAGUCCUUCAAACCAGCCUGGAGGCCCUCUGGCCGCUACUAUACCACCUAAACUGGUAAUCGUCAUCCCUUUACAUGUGGUUUAAAGAGCGAGCAGUUACAAAACAUAAUUUUCAUAAUUCUUUAACCAAUACAGCAGUCCCCUAUUAGCUCCAUCAUAUUGUCGUACUUUGUUAGUAUUACCCUAAAAGUGUUUCAAAGUGUAGCCACUUUCUAGAAUCACUAUCCUACUUAAAGCGGGGCUCCACCCUAAAGUGGAACUUCCACUCAUAUGAACCUUUCCCCCUCCGGUGUCACAUU